AUGUCUUUCUUUUCUCAGUUUCGUAGUCGUGCCAGGGUCAUAGACCAAGCCAACCCAGACCCUCACACAUGGAAAUUCCCAUCGUCAUACUCAACCCCUCAGCCUGGAGGGAAGGAAACGACGAUACCGAAUCCAAACAUCUUUUCAAACGUCUUCUCUAUUCCCUCCGAGGCCGAACUUCAAUCUGUCAAACUUGAGACUCUUCUGGCGUACCCCGAUGCUAGCCACGCCGCAGUCCAUCUUGCCUUGCUUGAAUGCUUCAACAAUCUGAGGGCCACUGCUGGAGGUCUUGAUGUGGAGGUUGUUCAACCACCUCAAUACAAUGAGAAGCCGACUACCUCCUCCACACCGCAGUCCACUUCACUACCGGAGUCGCAGAGAUGGGACUUGCUUAUUAAGUUAGCUGUUACACGCUUUACAGCUUGGUGGUCCAGUAUCGACAUGGUUCUGAACCACGCAAGCGUGUACUCGCAUCGGGCUGGUAGCCACGCUGCCCUCCAGCUAACCAAAGAUUAUCUACCACCGCUGGACAUACUACUGGUGUGGUAUGCCCUAAUUCUCAACCCAGAUGCAUAUGAUUCCGCAUGCGACUCUCACAAAGGCAAUGCUACACGCCUGAAGAAUCUCUGCUUCCCAUGGCCUGCUAUCCGCGAUGUCAUCGAUAUGGAGAAGAUGGAGUUUACGCUACCGCGUGCAGCCCAAAACCUCUUCAAGAACUUGUCGUCGCAAUCAUGCGAUAUCCUCUCAUAUCUUGAAAGUCCACCAGCAUAUACCGACUCAGGAAAGGUGCGCUUUGAGACGAAUUUGUUUGCUGAGGUAAAGAAGCACGAAGCCUUCAUCGCCGAAUCUCAUAAAAUGCUGUGGAUACGGUCACCAGCUCUGCGAGGAUCACUGGUUCGCGCAGGCUCGGAAUACUUGGACUUCCACUUAGGAGAGUCUGCUGCGAUUGAAGAAGAUGUGGCAGACCUGCAACCUUUUGGAGUUCAGUUGUUCUGGAAGACGCACCGUCUGUUUCCAAGGCAAUACAAGGCGUUCUUGAAGGAAAUUGGAAAAAGUCAGAAACAAGUCAUAGAAGACUCAAAAGGGAACUUGAAGAACACAUUUGAAGAAGACUUAACUUACUUACCUAGUCAGUUCUGCCGUUGCUGGACCUGCGAACGCAUCCGAGAAGAACUCCCCAAAUUCGUCCACAGUCAACUCCCAACUUCCUCUCCUCCGUCGUCUUCCAAAUCUCCUGCACCUACACCAUCAAAUCCCAUGCAGCAACAGUUUUCAUUACUAUCGCCAGACCAGAUCCGUCAGAUUCAAGACGAUGUAGGCUUCCACCUUGCUGUUGAGGAUGCCCGCAGGCGCAAGAUACCUUUGCCAACACGCCCGCCGACAGCUGCGGAGAAGGAGGCAGAAAAGAUUGCAAAGCAAAAACAGAAGGAGGUUGGAUAUUUGCCUGGCUUGAAUGAGUAUGUGGAGGUUUUACCUGACGGGACACGCAAGAUACGGGUACGCAGGUCUAGAGGUAAUGGGUAUUAUGCCAUGAUGUUGCUGUAG